GUAGAGAGGGAGGACAAGAGGUUGAUGCAGGAGACUUUCUGCCAUUUUGCUCUUUCUUCUAACUUUGAGUAAGAAACUAAAGUGAUGUAGAUGCUCUUAGCCUCACUAUAAAUUGCAUUAAACUCUCUCCUGUAUUUCAUCUCCACCCCCCCUCACGCUCUCUCUCUCUCUCUCCAACACAAACACAGCAAUAAUGGGGGUUCUCUUAGCCUCCACUUUCUCCUUGAUUAGGUUAAUAGUAUGGAUGUCAAUCAUGAGCAACUGCAUCUCCAUCCCUUCAUCCUACCCUAUUUGCGAGUCACCAUGUCCACCCCAUGCAAUCCCGGUGUAUGAAGAAGACGUGGAUACAUUGCAAUUUGCAGUGAACCUUGAGUUUUUGGAAGCUGAAUACUUCUUGUGGGCAGCACUCGGGUACGGACUCGACCAUGUUGCGCCCCAGUUAGUUCUGGGUGGCCCCCCUCCCAUUGGCGCCCAAAGAGCCAAACUUGAUUCUCUUACCAGGAAUAUCAUCACGGAAUUUGCGUAUCAAGAAGUCGGUCAUCUCAGGGCCCUUGAAAAAACAGUGGGUUUGUUUCCAAGGCCUCUAUUGGAUGUAAGCCCGAAAAACUUUGCAAAACUGUUUGAUGAAGCAUUCGGGUAUGAACUCGAUCCUCCAUUCGACCCGUAUUGUGAUAGCCUCAGUUACAUGUUGAGUUGCUACGUGAUUCCGUACAUGGGACUUGUUGGUUACGUUGGAGCAAAUCCUCUUAUCAAUGGCUACCAGACUAAGCGGCUCUUGGCAGGACUCUUGGGAGUUGAAUCCGGCCAAGACGCGGUUAUACGAAUGUACCUCUACGAGCGAGCUGAAGAACUUGUGCAUCCAUAUAACCACACGGUGGCCGAGUUUACCAUCCGCAUUUCAAAGCUCAGAAAUCAGUUAGCGAUGUGUGGCAUCAAGGAUGAAGGCAUCAUUGUCCCACCUCAGCUAGGAGCGGAAAAUCGUACAGAGAGCAACGUGUUAUCGGCAAAUUUCUACUCCAUCUCUUAUAGGAGAACUCCAGGGGAGAUACUGCGGGUCGUGUAUAACACUGGCAGUGAGCAUUUGCCCGGUGGGUUCUACCCUCACGGAGGAAAUGGAAGAAUAGCCAGAGAAUUCCUGAAAAAGCCUCAUUGAACGUAUUACUAGCUUAAUUUGCUCUGUGCGAAGAUAUAAUAUAUGCAUGUGAAGCAAAUAAAGAAAGGACGACUGCUGAGAUGUAAUGUUGUUGUGACGAUUACAGUAAAUAAAUAAUACGGCGGCCAUUUGUGUUUGUGCA